UGCAAACAUUUGUGAAAGGAUGGGUCGCUCUCAGUGAAUUCAAGUGUGGUACCAUGAUAGGUUGCCACCUGUGCAAUAAGAGCAUCUGUGAAAUUUCCUUGCUACUAAAUAUUCCACAGUCAACUGGUAGUGGUAUUAUAGCACAGUGGAAGCAACUGGGAACAUCAGUAACUUAGCCACGAAGUGGCAGACCACAUAAAAUGACAGAGUGGGGUCAGCGCAUGCUGAAGCGCACAGUAUGCAGAAGUCACCAAAUGUCUGUAGAGUCAAUAGCUAAACACCUCCAAACUUCGUAUGGCCUUCAGAUUAGCACAACAACAGUGUGUAAAGAACUUCAUGGAAUGGGUUUCCAUGGC